GUUGUGGAUUGAAACUUGAUGAAGUCAUAACAGUUUUGCAAACAUUUUUCAAACAGCGAAUUGAAAUACGUUAAGGUUGCAACAAAGUAAACUCUUGUAUUUGUUGAUUUGAAACGAAGCUGCAAAAAGUUAAUGCGGUUUGUUUGGUAAAAAAAUCGAGACAUGCAGUAGUAAAGGAUUCGAUUCAAUCUCUAGAGAAAAUAAUUACACUAUUUUACAAAUGAAAAUGUCUCAACGGCUUCGCAGCGUAUAAACUUCAAGAUUUAGAAUGACUUGAGCCAACUUCUAUUGGAAUUCUCGACUGCAGAAACGAGAUCCAUCUUAUUCCACCGAAAACUUUUGUAAUUACGUCAUUACGCUGACCUGCACCAGUUCAAAAGCUAAAUUAUUCGGCAAAUUCUUGCGGCGUCAGCGGCUCGAGUGCCAGAUUGCUGGGACGACGAUUACGCGUUUAAUUACGCGUCUUUUGAUCUUGGACCGCACAAUAGAUUAUAAAACCUUUCCGGAUUAAUUCGUAUGCAUACACUUCAUCAAGCGUUAAGUGGCCUAAUUAAGCAUCGCAAAAAUAUUAUCUUUAAAUCCUAAAGGUAUGAAAAAGAAGAACUAUUUACUUUCAGCAUCGAGAAAUAAAAAAAAAUCGUUCAACCAUCAAGACAUUCACCAAGAUCCGUCAGCAACGAAAAUGAUGGUCAACCCCUUCACUGAAUCUAACUGAACACCGCACAUCUCGAAACACAAAAAAAAUCCUCCGAUUCAAUCUCGAAUCGAAGCAUGGACACGGGCGAUCAGUUCCCGUCGGAUCGCAGACCAAUGCAGGUGGAGGAAGACCUGUCGGACCGCAGCGACAGUAACAGUAACGCCUGCAGUGAAAGCAGUAGCAAUAGCAACAGCAGCAGUGUACACUCGGAACCUACGCCGACGAGUUUUCAGCCCUACAAGGUUUCCAUGGACGAAUCGUCGAGUAAGCCUGAAGAGGAAACGGGACACAGUCAGAGAUUCGGUGGGGCAGGCGAUUACAGGGUGCCGCUGACCGACGGCAGCGGAGACGUGCCCAUGGCGCUGGACAAGCCGAAGGAUUAUGCGAUCCGUGGAAAUGAGAUGUACAGCGAAUCCUCGUCGACGCAUCCAUAUAACCGCUCUACUUCUCAAGGACAGCCUCAGCAGAAGGAGGCGAUGCACAGCUUCUGCCGUGAGAUACGGGAGAUGCGCCAGAAAAGUUUGCACGCGGCACUGGAGAGAACGGCUGCGGCAGCGGCCGCCGCCGCUGCAGCUGCUUCUGGCAAAGACUUGGAACUGGUGAAAACGGCUUAUAGACUGCCAGCUCAGAUCAAGGACUUCGGAGGCCUCACGUCCUGCAUCGGAAGUAUCGCCUUGGAUAGGCUGAAGGCUGCUGCGCCGAUCCAUGGCACUGAAUCUACAACGGCUUUGGAACCGGAGGACCUGAAGAGUCUCCAACAACUCCAGUCCAGCCGAAUACCCUCGUCAACCGCUCCAACCCCAGUCGACGCGAGUCUAGCCUUUGAACGUCUGAGGCAUUCCCACCCGCUCUUUCAGAGCACCGAAACAUCUACCGGACAGUUUCCUACUGGACAUCACUCCCAUCAUCAUCAUCACCAUCACCAACAAUCGCAGCAACAGCAUCACGGGCACCAUCACGCGAUCACCCAAAUCACACAGAUGCAUCACGGGGCAUCUGCUACGCAUCAGCACAACCAACAACAACAGGCUAAGUCGUUUACGAUCGAUGCGAUUCUUGGAUUGAGAGGCGGAGCUGUCGGACAGAGGGAUAAGCAUCAGCGACAUCAAUCGUACAGGAAGCAUCAAGGUCAAGAAGGCACAGCAAAGAAUCUAUCAACGAGUUCUUGCUCGAACGGCAGCAACAGCGGCAACAAUCCCGGUGGACCAGGCGGCAAACUCAAGCGCGUGCGCACCAUUUUCACGGCGGAACAGUUGGAGCGUCUUGAGGGUGAAUUCGCCAGACAGCAAUACAUGGUGGGCCCUGAGCGAUUAUACCUUGCACACGCCCUCGGCCUAACGGAAGCCCAGGUGAAGGUCUGGUUCCAGAACCGGCGGAUAAAGUGGCGCAAGCUCAAACACGAGCAGGUCAGCCAGAGGCUACACGAGCUUCACCAGAGUGGGCUUCCCGGUGUCGAACGCGACGACAGUAACGAGACAGCCGAAUGGUGAAGAUCAGCCUCUUCUGAGAAUUUUGUGAUAACAAAUCAGUAUUAAUAAAAACUGUAUUGCGCGUGACGAUGAGACGAGAUUUUCACUGGACUAGAGUGCGAAUAACGGAAGAUGGUUGUGUAAAUCUACUGAACGUCAAUGUGUCAUUAUACUUAAUUUUUUUAUUGAUUAUACUAUGGCAUUUUUGCACCGUAUGCGAGGAUUGUAGUGGUAGCUAAUGUGCUGUAUAAGAAUUUAAUUUAUUGCACAAAAUGUAAAUGAACAACUUCGAUGUAGGAAUAUAACUACACGAUACGAUGUAUAAUGACAAAAACCGAAUUAAUAAAAUGCGAUAAUAGAGAGUGGGUGUUUAAAUGAUUAUUUGAUUGUAAACUAAUUUGUUAUAAGUAUUACGGCUCAUACUAAUUUUUCUCGACUUACGUAAUAUACAUAUAGUUAGAGAAAAUUUAUUGGAUAAAUAUUAAAAUUUUUAUUGUUAAGUUGUUCAUAUAUGAUUUUGUUUAAUAAUAUAUAAUAGUAAAAAGUAUUCAAUAAAAUGUAGAAUUAUCGCAGAUAUUAAAACUCUAUAUGAAUAGUAGUUAUGAUGUAUGACUUAGAAAUGAGUGUGUAUUAGAAUUUGCAUUUCUCUUCGAAAAUAAUGAAAACCAUUAUUUGUUAAAACCAAGUCAUUAAAAAGUGAAACGAAAGAAAAUAAUGUAUCACCCGAUGCGGAAGAAUAAUCAACGUUGCAUUGUAUUUAAAA